UGGAUUCUCAUCUAUUCCGGAUUUCUGGAUUGUGUAUAGAAUUUCCGACUAGAAACAAUCUUAUCACCAUUGUCUCUCGUCUUGCUUCUGGUCUUAGAAAUUUGCAAAUUAUAUCACAAUGUAUAGAAUAUUAAAUGCUGUGUUACAGAACGCUUUACCUGUACUGUAUAUAAUUGCAUAGUUGGCAAAGAAAGCAAUCUUUUCAAGAUAGUGGCAGUAGUUGUAGAAAUCAAUCUGAAAAUAGCUCCAAAGCUUUAGCACCAAAAUAGCAGAACAUGGUAGACAAGAUAUAUAAACCACCAUGUUUAUGAGAUAUCAUCACCCUAGGAGCUCCAAUAGCACAUAUCACAUGGGCUUGAUGGCACUCUCCACUAUUCAUUAGAUGUAAAAUGCUGGAAAUGAACCACUUUCAUAUCAGGGGUCGAUUGAGACCCCAUAGCUGUACCCUGUGUCCAAUAAGUACAGAGAGAACAGGAGCUGUCCUUACAAGUUACGGAACAGAUUUUCCCAUGAAAUACAGACUGCCAAAAACAAGGAUUCUGUUGGCAGUACCGUGUCUGCAGAGCUGUCACUGAAGAUGUAGAACCGGUUUAUAGGCUUCUAGAGAAACCAAUUGCUAAAGUAUAUGCGCACAUUAUGAUUAGUAAACUGACUUCAAGGUGGAGCUUCACUUUGAAGAUUUUGAGGUUAACCAAUUUGACUCACAUAAGGUAGAUCUCAUCUCCAUACACAUUUCCUUUAUUUUUUUUCCUUUUGAUUGAACUGAAGAAACUAAAAGCAAUUUGAAAACAGGAAACUUUCUCAGUGGAGCUGAAUAAGAAAGCAAACAUCCAGAAUGUCUUUUGUUGGAAUGCUUGAGGAAAUGACUGUCCUUUUUGGCUUAGUUGGUGUGAAUCGCUGAUAAACACAUUUCACUUGGAGGACAUCUCCCCAAAAGGCCAGGGGUUCCUGACUCUGCUCCCUGGAGGGCAAGUUCACGGGGCAUUUAGUAAGGAUAUUUCUGGAGAAAGUGGCAAUGUUUGAAGAGAGCCAUGCUGCUAUAUCUUCCACUACUACUGAUAAUGGUGAACGAAGGGUCUCUCACCUACCGCGCAGAAGAGAAGCCGCCUUGUGCGAUAUCGAUAAAUAUGGUGGCAAACUGUCAGAACAAAUCUUUUCAAGAGAUACCUCUGGGACUUCCCGUAAAAAUUAAUGCACUCUAUAUGUCAAAAAAUGACCUACGCAACCUCACCAAGAUCCCAUUGACUUUGUAUUCCUUUAUAGAGAUCCUUGAUCUAAGCAGCAAUAAAAUACGUUAUAUCCAGCCUGAUACCUUUGAGGACAUGAUCAAUUUGAAAGAAAUCAAUCUUUCUGACAACUAUUUGGACAGAUUUGUGAGUUAUAGGUCACUAGGUAUAGGUCUCUUACCCAAUGUCCAAAAGUUAGACCUGUCAAGGAAUAGCCUGUACACAGAUAUGAUCACAUACUUUCUCGAAAAUGCUCCUCACCUCCGCUACCUUUCUCUGUCAGAAAAUAGCAUCACAAUGAUUUCUCCAGAAAUGUUUUCGGGCACCCCGUCUCUUGAAGAACUCGACCUUCACAACAAUAUCAUCAUGGACAUUGAAGAAGGUUCUUUUGAGCACCUUCUUCAUCUCAAGAAAAUUGACCUUGCCAUGAAUUCCAUCACCUGCAUAUCCCAAUUUAACCUCCGGCAACUUCAAAGUCUUAAUCUCAGCAAGAAUAGUUUACAAUCAUUCUACACAUCCGAGUCCGAUGAAGAAUAUAAUUUAAGAUAUGUUGACCUCAGUGACAACAAACUAGUACGUUUUCCAGUUUUCCCAGAUGUUAACAAUAUAAUUUUCUUAAACCUAUCCAUGAACCUCAUCCGGUACGGUGAAGAGGCAUCUCAGAAGGAAUACAGUUGGUUGGAAGAGGAUGGUGGUAGGAAUGCAAGUAUGGUUAAUUUACAAAAACUCACCCAUCUAGACUUGAGUUACAAUAACAUCCAGUCCAUCACUGAAGAUGUCUUCAUCACCAUGCCAAUGCUAAAAUUCAUCAACCUGAGCAGAAAUUGUCUUCAGUCUUUUCAAUUUGGAGAGAUAGUUAAACUGAACUCGUUGGAGGAACUUGAUUUGAGUGAAAAUCUGAUGCAGAACAUGUCACUGGGUACCAGCUCGCUACCAUCCUUACAAGUUCUUCACUUACAAAAUAACCAGCUCCAACUUGUAGAGUCUAGGACCUUCCAAAAUCUUCCCAGUAUUACCACCAUUAACCUUCAAAACAAUAUGGUUGACUUGUGUGGCAUGAACUUAGAAGCAGCAAGGCAAAAACCAGGCACCCACUCCUGUUUAUUCUUUUAUAACAUCCCCACUUUACAAUAUUUAAACCUCCGGCAAAAUAUGCUGGAAACUCUACCACAAUAUGUAUUUUAUGGCACUUCCUUGACUUUUCUUGACAUCUCCAUGAACCUUGGACUCACCAUUAAACCAAAUGCCAUGAAGGGGUUGGAAAGUUCUCUUGAAGUUCUACACAUCGAAGAUAAUUCUCUCAUUCAGUUGAAUGUUGACUUACCUUGUUUAGUCCAACUUCGGUAUCUAAACCUCUCUGGAAACCAACUGACAUGGCUUCCUUCUUGGAACAAAAAUUGUCGUUUGGAGACCCUUGACUUAAGUAACAACAGCUUCAGCAAUCUGAAGGACAGUAAUAUCCCUAUCUUGGAAAACACUUUAAAAACUCUUUCUUUGUAUGGAAACCCCCUCAGCUGCUGUGCAAAUUCUUGGGUCACCCACAUGGUCAGAAGGAACAUGGCGAACUUCAUAGACAUAGAUGCUACCAUGUGUCAGAACUCUAACGAUGAAAGAGUAGAGAUACUUCUAGGUCAGAACAAUUCCGAUAACUGUGAAGAGGAGGAAAUGAAAGACAUAAACUUGGUCAUCAUUAUAACUAUAGUCCUGGUCUUACUGGUCACUGGCGUAGGCGUUGGAUUGUUGGUUUUUUACUGCAAACAAAAAGUUAACCAGCAAUUUAAAGCAUAACGUGGAGGUUCUGUUGUACGGGCCCAUGGUUGAGAACUUGUAAAAGUUAUGGCAGCAGCUGGACUUUGGAUUACGUCUACAUCAAAUGACUUGAUUUGAGAGCUCUCAAAACUUGUGACCAAAACACUUUUAAUGGAUUCUGAAAGUCUUACCGUCACCGUUAUUGGUGAUUGUUUCUGGACAGUAAUGAUGAACUUUUUUGCAUUGCUACAGAAACAAAAAAAUUGAAUUAAUUCUUUAUUUUGUGCUUCCUAUGGCAGGUUACAAUAUAAAGGAAAUCAUUUAUAAAAUA